AUGCUUCAACUUCCGCCAUUGAUUGAGCGCUCUUCACCUUCAGGAACUUUUAACGGAACGCCACCGGAUAAGUUACCAGCCGAAAAUGGAGUACACGUUUGGCGCGCCGCGGUUACCACGCCGUUCUUUACUUUUAUUUUUGUCGCAUUGAGGUUUUAUACGCGGACGUAUCUACUGAGGGCGAAGAAGUAUACUAUCGAUGAUUAUAUUGUGGCCUUGACUAUGCUCGUGUGUAUCGCCCACGCGGUACUCAUAGCUAUAGCGACGUAUAACGGUAUGGGUCUACAUAUAUGGCAGUACGACUCGGAACUCAACUCACGUUACUAUCUCUGGGUCGGGAUUUCGUCCGAAUUCUACGUGCUUGGUUUACUCGGCUUCAAGAGCGCACUUAUCCUCAUGUACCUCCAACUCUUCGGCGUCUACGCUCGCUUCAGAUGGGCAUGCUACGGAACCCUAUUCUUUUGCUUUGGCUACCUAUUUUGUAAUAUGAUGACGGAGUUCUUCGGGUGCCAUCCGAUCAGGAAGAAAUGGGAACCAAGCAUGCCCGGAACGUGUAUCAACAGCUCAGCGACGAACACUUUCUACGGAGCUUGCAAUAUGGCCAGCGAUUUGGUCAUCGCUAUCCUACCUCUUACGAUGAUAUGGAAAUUACAAGUGGCGACUGGUCGGCAGAAAGUCGGACUGAGUCUUGUUCUGAGCUGCGGCUUCGUCGCUUGGGCAGUGGCUGUCACUCGCUGGGGCAUUGCGACAUAUGACUUGGUUGGGACCGAAGACAGACCGUGGUGGGCUGGCGUAGGCUUCACCUUGUCGAUUCUCGAGAUCAAUACUGGCCUCAUCUGCGCUUGCGCGGCGACUCUCGGACCUCUUUGGAAACUAGCAUUCGCGCAAGUCAAAGAUAUUGUGGGUUGGACGAAUGAUAGCACCAAGGCUUCCACGUGGCCUUCAUUCGUACACAAACCUGCUACUCGAUAUUCCGGCGAGACGAGGCGACCGAGUAAUCCGAGCGAAUAUUGGGCAAAUGGGGUUCUCGAUGGUCACCGAGUCCCGGCUGGCCGGGCGAAGCGUCUAUCGAGUACUUUUAAUACGACAUUGACUACGAAUCAUGAAGACGAGUUUACUCUGUUAGAUUUGUCGACUACCCAUAGCCAUACCAUAAGGGAGGAUACACCUCGGAGGAGCAUGGAGGAUGUAUAA